AUGUGGGACAUGGCAUUCACAGGCACCUCUUACAUGUUCAGGAGCAUAUCGCCGGUGAUAAAGAGCAGCAUGAGUUUCAACCAGAAGCAGGUGGCGCUGUUGAGCGUGGCCAAGGAUUUGGGUGACAACGUUGGUCUUCUUGCUGGCAAAAUCAGCCUAUUUUCCCCCAUUUGGGCUCUCUUUCUCGUUGGGAUCUUCCAAAAUGUUCUCGGUUAUGGCCUUGUUUGA